UCACAGCCCAAUUUACACUCUCGCUGCCUGUGGCUGCUGGAGAGGUUUGAUCUGAGAUAUCAUUGUUCAGAUGCCUCUACAACUCCGAAGGUUGCAACCUUUCCAUUUGCUACCUGGCUUAGCUGGGUUUUUUAAUGACUUUAAGUGGAUUCUAUACCGGGGAAAGCCUGACAGCCCUUAAGACGGAAGCCCUGUAUUUAUUUGCAGAAGAGGCAGUGACAGUGUCAGUUUCACCCCAUUACCCUGCCAGUAUGCUCCAGACCUGGCAUGCCUCUGGGGGUGGGGAAAAGAGUUUGGAGUUCAGUCACUGGCUUCUUUUCUGUGUGGACAAUUAUCCACUCAGAACUGAAUGGAAACCAGCACUUCUCAUUAGUCACACAAUAGCUGUCAGUUGACAAUGAUUUACAGCCACUGUCAUCCCGGAUACAAACCAGUGAUGAUGAUUAGCUCUAUUUUACAGAUGGGGGAAAUUGAGACACAGUUUGUUAAUGGGGCUGGGUUCUAAAUUAGCUGUAAUUGCUCAGGGAUGGGGUGCUAUAGUGGACAGAUGGAUGAAAACGUCAGGGGUGAUCAAAAAGCAACCAGUAUGGGCUCAGAUGUCGACUGGGAUGACCUCUGGGAUCAGUUUGAAGAGAGAAGGUACCUGAGUGCCCGGAAAUGGAAGGGUGGAGAGGACCCAUACCGCCUCUAUGCCUUUAACCAGCGGGAGAGCGAGAGGAUUCCCAGUGACCGUGCCAUCCGCGACACCAGGCAUUACAGAUGUACUACUUUACACUAUCGUCCAGAUCUGCCAUCAACAAGUAUCAUCAUCACCUUCCACAAUGAAGCCAGGUCCACCCUGUUAAGAACUAUCAGAAGUGUUUUAAACCGCACCCCUGUGUACCUGGUCCAUGAAAUCAUAUUGGUGGAUGACUUCAGCGAUGACCCUGAUGACUGCCGUUUACUGGGCAAGUUACCCAAGGUGAAAUGCUUGCGCAACAGGCAACGAGAAGGUUUGAUCCGGUCCCGAAUCCGAGGGGCAGACAUGGCACAGGCAGGAGUCCUGACCUUCCUAGACAGUCACUGUGAGGUGAAUAAAGACUGGCUGCUGCCUCUCCUGCAGAGGAUCAAAGAGGAUCCAACCCGCGUGGUCAGUCCAGUUAUCGACAUCAUCAACUUGGACACUUUUGCCUACGUGGCCGCUUCCUCGGACCUCAGAGGAGGGUUUGAUUGGAGUCUACAUUUCAAAUGGGAGCAGCUUUCCCCAGAGCAGAAAGCCAAACGAAUUGACCCUACAGAAGCCAUUAAGACUCCAAUCAUUGCAGGGGGGCUCUUUGUGAUCGACAAAGCCUGGUUCAACCACCUGGGGAAGUACGACACUGCCAUGGAUAUCUGGGGUGGGGAGAACUUUGAAAUCUCCUUCCGUGUGUGGAUGUGCGGAGGGAGCCUGGAAAUUAUCCCCUGCAGCCGGGUUGGACAUGUGUUCCGGAAGAAACACCCCUAUGUCUUUCCAGAGGGAAACGCCAACACCUAUAUAAAAAAUACCAAGCGCACAGCCGAAGUAUGGAUGGAUGAGUUCAAACAAUACUACUACGCUGCCCGGCCUGCAGCACAAGGGAGACCUUACGGAGACAUCCAGAGCAGACUGGAACUGAGGAAGAGCUUGAAAUGCCAGACUUUCAAGUGGUACCUGGAAAAUGUUUAUCCAGAACUUAGGAUUCCCGAGGAAUCAUUGUAUCAGUCUGGAAUGAUCCGGCAGAGACAGAGGUGUCUGGAGUCCCAGAAGUCUGAAGAUCAGGAGUUCCCCGUCCUGAGCUUAAAUCCCUGCAUCAGCAGCAAAGGUGUGGCAGCAGUGGCACAGGAAUGGACGUACACAUACAACUAUCAGGUCCGCCAGCAGCAGCUCUGCUUGUCAGUGCACACCCUCUUCCCAGGCUCCCAAGUGCUGCUGUCACCCUGCAAAGAAGGUGACGGCAAACAGCGAUGGGGUAAAGUUGGUUCUCAUAUUGAGCACAUGGCCUCGCGCUUCUGCCUGGACACUGAAAUGAUGGGGGACACCAACGAGAGCACCAGAGAGCUCGUCAUCAACCCUUGUGAGAGCACAGCCAUGAGUCAGCGCUGGGACAUGGUGAUGUCCUGACGGCCCAAGGCAGUCAUCGAGCAAAACCAGCCACGAGAGCUUCAUCGGAAGCAGCCAUGGCACAAAGCAGAGGCUGUUGGGAACUCAACAGCAAAACCAUUGGGCGCCCUUGUUCAUUGUGAGAUGGGAGCAGGAGUAAAAAAGGGUUAGGCUGGGGAGCUCCAGGUUGAAGAAGGGAUGUCAGCUGUGACCUGCAGUUAGUGGCCAGUUGGGGUGAUAGAGUCAAUGAGUAAGAACCGCACACAACCAAUCCCUAAAUGUCUUUCAAUAACACUGAGUCCUGGCUGAGGCCUGAGGACUGCCCUACUGAAAUACGGUGUGUACAGUAUUUAUUGUUUUACUGCAAAGAUGGAAACUUUGGUGGAAGAGCUUUGGAGAGAAAGUGGAGACCUGGACACAAUGAAACAAAUGUCUAGUUGGCCGCAUGGGUGGCAGGGAGGCUGGUGGGUGGGGGAAGGAGAUGCUAAAGGGAGACAAAAAUGGUUGCCUGGGGGAUGAGCAGAAAAUGCCAAGUAAUCCUUGCACUUUUCAUGGAUGUGAAUGAGCUUGUCUUCUGCAGGCAGCUAGACUGAAGCUAUAUUGCACAUUCUCAUUUGUAUAUAGUCUGUACAUAUGGCGUACAGAGAGCCCAUGCUGUCAUCUGAUGCGUGUGACCAGAAACAAGAUGACAGGGAGGGUUUGAACUGCUCUCUGCUCUCCAGGCAUGGAACCCAGCAAACCACGCCAUGGGGGCCAAAUGUCUGAGUGCGCUAAAUCUACAAACCUUUCUGACAACAUGAGGGGAGCAAUAACACUGUUACUUCUCCUGUUUGAAUGGCCCGGGCAAGCCAAGAUCAUUGAGUAUUCCCCAUUAACCUCAGUACAGGUCUCGUGUUUCACACCUGGCAUAACUCAAAUGUCCACACUACGUCACCCAGGUAAUAUUUUGCUAUUUGAAGGUAAUUGUGCCACAUUUGCAUUUUCCAAUCUGCUUAGUACAAAAGCUGGUGCUAGCAUAAGACCCUGGGGCCUGAGGGGAUGGGGUUUCCUUCUGCAUGGUACACAUGCCGGUGGGAGUCACCCAGAGGACUUUUGUAGAGAGCAGGAGAGAGGAAAACCACUCCAAUGCUGUUGCUGCUUCCCAGAAUGUGUGUGUUGAAGGAAGGAUUUGGGAUUCCCCCAGUUGCAUCACU